AUGGUGAAGAUAACUUUUCAACCGGUUUCAGCACAGAAACCCGAGAAGGAGAACGAUGGAGACAAAGAGGAUAUUCUCAUGUCUUAUCCUCACGAGGAACUGGUUCUUCCCCUCAGGUCAAAGAAGUCCCCUCUGAAUGGACUAUGCUGCCUCACAUUUGGCCUGGUCAUCUUCAUGUCUGGCCUGGUCCUAGCAUCCAUAUAUGUCUAUCGCUACUACUUCACAGCCCAGAUUCCCGAAGACAGUCUUUUCCACUGUCACGUGAUGUACGAGGAUUCGGUGUAUGCUCCCCUGCUGGGCCAUCAGGAGCUGGAGGAGAACGUUGGCAUCUACCUCAAAGAUAACUACGAGCAGAUCAGCGUUCCCGUUCCAGAUUUCGGAAGCUCCGAUCCUGCUGACAUCAUCCACGACUUCCACAGGGGUCUCACCGCCUAUCAUGACAUUGCGCUGGGCAAGUGCUACGUGAUCGAACUUAAUACAACCAUGGUCAUGCCGCCCAGGAAUCUGUGGGAGCUCCUGGUUAACGUCAAGAGGGGAACAUACUUGCCACAGACAUACAUGGUUCAGGAGGAGAUGGUGGUGACCGGACGCGUUCGAAACCUGCGUCUCCUCGGCCCGUUCAUUCACAGGCUCUGUUACGGCAAGGAGACGUUCAGACUGAGGCGCCGGAGCCAGCGCAGACGCAUUGACAAGCGAUCGACGCGGAACUGCCACAGCAUCCGUCAUUUCGAGAACAAGUUUGUAGUGGAGACAGUUAUCUGUGAUUAA